CGGGCUUUCUGCGUACCGGCGCUUCUGCAUCCUCCCGCACACAGUGCCGAUUCUGCUCUAGCUGCUCUGUGGCAGCCCCGCGACCGGUCGUGACCAGAUCCAGCUUGCAGCCCAACUUUAUUCACUUGAGGCGGCGGCCAGCGCGGAGCAAACAUGAAGCGGCUCCGGGGUAUUUUGCUGUGUAUGCUGCUGGCGGCUGCGGUCCCCACUGCCCCUACUCCUGCCCCGACGGUCACUUGGACUCCGGCGGAGCCCGGCCCGGCUCUCAACUACCCUCAGGAGGAAGCUACGCUCAAUGAGAUGUUUCGAGAGGUGGAGGAGCUGAUGGAAGACACUCAGCACAAACUGCGCAGCGCGGUGGAGGAGAUGGAGGCAGAAGAAGCAGCUGCUAGAACAUCCUCUGAGGUGAACCUGGCAAGCUUACCUGCCAACUAUCACAACGAGACCAACACAGACACCAGGGUGGGAAAUAGCACAGUCCACGUGCACCAGGAAGUUCACAAGAUAACCAACAACCAGAGUGGACAGAUGGUCUUUUCUGAGACAGUCAUUACAUCUGUAGGGGAUGAAGAAGGCAAGAGAAGCCAUGAAUGUAUCAUUGAUGAGGACUGUGGGCCCACCAGGUACUGCCAGUUCUCCAGCUUCAAGUACACCUGCCAGCCAUGCCGAGACCAGCAGAUGCUAUGCACCCGAGACAGUGAGUGCUGUGGAGACCAGCUGUGUGCUUGGGGACACUGCACCCAAAAGGCCACCAAAGGUAGCAAUGGGACCAUCUGUGACAACCAGAGGGAUUGCCAGCCUGGCCUGUGUUGUGCCUUCCAAAGAGGCCUGCUGUUCCCUGUGUGCACACCCCUGCCUGUGGAGGGGGAGCUCUGUCAUGACCCCACCAGCCAGCUGCUGGACCUCAUCACCUGGGAACUGGAGCCGGAAGGCGCUUUGGACCGAUGUCCCUGUGCCAGUGGCCUCCUCUGCCAGCCACACAGCCACAGUCUGGUGUACACGUGCAAGGCAUCUUUCGUUGGCAGCCAUGACCACAGUGAGGAGAGCCAGCUGUUGUCCAGGGAGGUCCUGGAUGAGUACGAAGAUGUUGGCUUCAUAGGGGAAGUGCGCCAGGAGCUGGAAGACCUGGAGCGGAGCCUGGCCCAGGGGAUGGCAUUUGAGGACCCCGCCCCUGUGGAGUCACUAGGUGGAGAGGAGGAGAUUUAGACCCAGACCCAGCUGAGUCGCUGGUAGAUGUGCAAUAGAAAUGGCUAAUUUAUUUUCCCAGGAGUGUCCCCAGGUGUGGAAUGGCCACAGCUCCUUCCCAGUAGCUUUUCCUCUGGCUUGACAAGGUGCAGUGCAGUGCAUUUCUUCCAGUUGCCCCACUUCUCUCACUCGGGAAGGACAGGCAUGGCGGGUAAGGGCGUGUGAGCCGUCCCACAUUGUCGCUAGACAUGCUGUCUUGUUCUUCUCGGAUCGAAGAUGUUUGAAGGGAGAGGAUGGGAAGAGGUGAAGUCUGCCCAUGAUGGGUCUGGGGGAUAUAGGGAGGGGGUGCCUGCCUGGCAAACGUGGACUUGGCACGUAGCCAUUGCUUUUGUCUUGUGGCCGCUCCAUGGGCGGAGGCAGUGGCUACGCCGGAGCUAUGCUGCUCUUGUGGCCUCCCACACAUUCACCCCUGUGUUUCAGCUCCUACCUCACUGUCAGCACAGCCCUUCAUAGCCACGCUCCUGCUUCUGCUACUCACCACAGCCUGGGAGGGGACUGGAGUGGCUUUCUUUCCAAGCCCCAUGCUCUCUCUCAACCCCACACCAGCCUUGGUGGCACCAACAGUCCUUCCAAACAGGUGGGAGUGAAAUCCUUUGGUUUUUACUUUUUACUCCUCCGGCGCAUGCCUGGACUGAAGGUCAGGCUAGUUUGCAUGUCCCUCUAAGGUUAGUAGCAGAGUGGCCGAUACUGUCCUCCACUAUCUGCUUCAAAACCCCUGAAAGCCAGUGUUUGGAGUGCAGUUUGUGUAAAUUAAUUUGCAGGAAAUAUACUUGGGUAAUUGCAGGGCCAGGAUUGUGAAUGAAAUUUGCAAGGUCGCUUAGCGACAAUGGAAAGUCUUUCUCAAUCACAAGAAAAACCAAGCCAGGCUGUGUAAAGUACAGCUGUGACGUCCAGACAGAAGGCUGGACUGGAUGUCGGGCCUCAGAUGACGGUUUCAGGUGCCAGGAACUAUUUCCAUUCUGUAUUUAUCCAGAGUUAUUAAAAUUUAAAAUUGCACACAGUUGUAGAAGCAUGCUUUUUUCUUGAGUUUUAAAUUAUGUAUACACAAAACAUAUUGCCCUCAAAGAUCAUGCAUAAAUCACUACUCUUUGGUAAUUCUUGGACUUUUCUCUUUGAUUUUUCAAUAGAUAUAAACCCCCUUCAUGCAAAAAAUAAAAUAAAACAAUCUGUAGAAUAAAGAGACAAAAAAUGUUCCAUAGAAGCAUAUUUUCCAGGCAUCUGGAACUCACCUCUUUUAGAAUCGGAAUAUGUUGGAACUCUUAUCCUUGUCUGGAUAAGUUUUAAGAGAGAAAAUACUUUACCAUCUCCUGAAAGAAUAAAUGGAAUAUAUGAGUCUUCAUUUGGAGGCUCUCUGUUAUCAAAUGCAGUUCUGGGACUGUGCUAGCAUUGUUACUGUAACAAAACAGCUGAAGUAAUGAACUUGCCUAUUUUAAAAAAAGGGUUAAUUGGCGUCACCAUCUCAGGUUUCGGUCAUGAUCCUAUGGCGUUCAAACUGUGGAGAGGCGGGACAGCGUGGCAGGGCCAUGUGGUAGAGUCAAGCUGCUCCCUUUCUGGCUAAAAGAGAGAAGAGGGCAAUGUGCAGUCUUGCCCAGGGCACACCUUGCCCCAGGAUCUGGGCACUCUCACAAGGACCCACCCCUUAAAGGUGGGACGCUCUGCAGCUUUGGCUUUAGUUACUCUGGGCGCCAUGAUCAAACAGUCAGCAAGAAGCAGCCUGAGGGAUGAGGGUUGGUUUUGAAGCCUGGCGGGGAAGGCAUGGGGUGAGAAUGCGGGGCUGCCUCCCUCGGUAUGGAGGGAGGGUCAGGAAGCAUUGAAAGCACAAUGUAGGGCUCAGCUUUCUCCCUCUUUCCCUUUUUGUUUAUUCUGGGACCCCAACCCUUGGGGUGGUGCCAGCCACACUAAAGAUGAGUCUUCUUUCCUCAGAGCUCUCUGGAAACUCCUAGCCUCAUAGAUAUGUGCAGAGGUGUGCCCCUAAAUGGUUCAAAUCCAUUCGGUUCUAAGACAUGGAAAUGCUAUAUACUAACUCUUCCACGAAGCACCGAGUACCUCUUAAAAGCCUCUAAAUCUCAUCUGAAGAUAUCACAGUAAAGAGAUGUAAACAUUUAGAAAAUCAAUAAAUGUAAUUGAUGAAGUCA